AUGAUUGAAGAAAUAAAGAUAUGUAUAGAAGUUAAAGAGAUUGUAACUGGAAUUUUAACUAAGAAUAAUUAAAUAGAUAUAGAGAGAAUGAAAAUAUUAAUUGAUAUAGAAUUUUCUAUUCAAGUAGUUUUUGAUAAGGCCUUUGAUGAUUUUUACAAUUAUCAUGAAAGCAUAAAACACUUAAUCAUUCUUUGA